AUGAACAAUAUACAAUUCCUCAGCGACGAGUCUGUUCAUCAGUUAUUGAUAAAUCUCAUCAAAGAUGAGGCAAUUACCUUCCGGAAUGCUAUGGAGCAGACUUUCGAAGACUUCUCUGCCGCUGGCGAGCGUCAGUAUCAGCCCGACCCUAGCUCUGCCACUCGGCCCAAUUGCCAACAGACACUCUUUCGCCCUUUCACUUCAGAUUCGACGGCCGGCACCAAGCUUGUCGUUGAGUCUGCUCCUAACCCUGACUGCAAGAGAAAUCCUCUGCACGGUGUCCUCAUCCUCCUGGAUGGACAGGGCAAUCCUACUGGUGUGCUGAGCGCCGAGGAAGUGACUGGCUACCGGACAUCCAUGAACGCCAUGGGACCUUUCUCUUGGAGGAAACUGGGAUUUGAGGUUAAGACCAUCACUUUUGUGAAUCCUUCCAAGGAGCGGGUUGAUAAACUCAUUGAAACAGUCUCUGACAUCGACUGCGUCUUCUGCACCACUCCUUCUCAAAAGCCUUUAUUUCCUGCUAGUUAUUUAAUCGAGGGAAGCAUUUCCAGCCGUCAGCCUUUUGUUUCUGCCAUUGGCUCCUGGCAGCCGGACAUGAUCGAAUUGGAUCCCGCAAUGCUGCACCAUGCUGUAAUCGCUGAGAGCGGAUAUAACCUUUCUAGUGGCGAGGCUCAGGGAGCGGUGCUUGUCGAUGACCAGCAUUAA